CGAGCGAACUGCCUUGCUUUCCAUCUGUCACUUAGUUUCCACCCUCUUCUACCGUUCGCCUUGGAACUAUUGACCUCAUCCCAUCCUCAUUUGAUUUCCUUGAUUAACAAGCACCUCAGUACACCUAACAAUCUUUACACAUUGCCUGACCAUGUCAACUCGCGGACGUGGGGGCGGACAAGGCCGCGGCGGAGGACAGGGUCGCGGCGGAGGACAGGGUCGCGGCGGAGGACAACGUGGUGGCGGAGGACAAAAUAGUGGUGGGGCCUCGCGAGGCGGAGGCCAGGAUUACAACCAAUUCCGUGACACUCUGACCGACCGAUCCCGGGGCGGAGGUUCCGGCGGUGGCUAUCAAGGGCGAGGCGGAGGUUCGGGCGGUGGCUAUCAAGGGCGAGGCGGAGGUUCGGGUGGUGGCUAUCAAGAGCGAGGCGGAGGUUCGGGCGGUGGCUAUCAAGGGCGAGGCGGAGGCUCGGUCGGUGGCUAUAGAGGGCAGCGCGGAGGACGAGGCGGUGCCAGCUACGGUGGUGGUCCACGGAUUCCAUUACACCCUGACGAGGUGGACGCCCCCCUGGAAUCCAUCACCAAGUACGAGGACCAAGCCCUCAAACGUGAGGCAACAUGGGACUUUACUCCGCGGCCAAGUUACCUCACCAACAACGACGGAAAGCCUUUCAACAUCAUAACCAAUUACUUUGGGAUGAAGCUACCGGAAAAUUUCACCAUUCACCGGUAUGCGAUCAAAUUCACCGGGGCCAACGCGAAGUCGAUCAGUCGGCCAAAAAAACGGCGUGUUGUUCAACAGCUGCUUGGGCAAUCCCGUUUCGGUAGGAUGAUCCUCGGGACGGACUACGCCAAUACGAUCUUGUCGACGAAAGAGAUCGCUGAGUUCUCAAAUCCAAAAGAUUACACGGUCAAAUACUACCACAGCUCAGAAGAUCCCCCGAGGGAACAAGCCUUUAACGAUGCCGGGUUCGCCAGUCGACGUCGCUUUGUAGUCUCUAUCUCAAAGACGGACAGCAUCGAGGCCUCGACACUGGAAGCUGCUCUCCGGGCUCCAGGGAAUGUAGCAUACAAUCUCGCCCUCUUGGACACCAUCGUCCAGUGUCUCAACAUCAUGGUUGCUCGUUCACCACUCAUGAACCAGGAUCAUCUCGCCGCUCUCGGACAAAACCGCUUCUUCAGACGUACGGGGGAGUUCAUCGAUCUCGGUGAAGGACUGAUGGCCCACCGUGGCUACUUCUCAUCCGUCAGGCCUGUUAGCGGACGUCUGUUGCUGAAUAUUAACGUCACAAACGCUGCGUUCUACCAGGCUGGGCCACUCAUCGAGCUGAUGCAGAGUUUUAAGGCGCGUAAAACCGUCAACCCGCAGCUCCUUAAGAAACUUGAACUCUUUCUCCAAGGCGUCACGGUGGUGGCAAGUCAUAGACGCGGGGACGAUGGAAAGCCAGUGAAGAAGGUUUACACUAUCAUGGGCCUUUCGAAAACGCGCUCUGGCCCUGCGGGUACCUCUUUCGAAACACCAAAUGGCCCCAAGAGUGUUUUUCAGUACUUUGCGGAAACGUACCCGCAUGUGAACUUGGUGGGCGAAAACUUGCCUGUGGUCAAUGUGGGCACCUUGAAGAAGCAUAUGUACCUCCCGGCAUCGGUCUGCGAGGUGCUGCCUGGACAAGCAACCCGAGUGAAGCUAAACGACGAGCAAACGAGCACCAUGAUCACAUUUGCUGCCAAAACUCCGAACGCCAAUUUCACCUCCAUCAAGGCGGGUGGCACGGACGAGUUGGGCCUCAAUGGGACCGAUGGAAGAUCGCUAAAGGGUUCUUGGGGCGUCGAUGUCGACACCUCGAAAUUCGUCUCCGCCCCAGCCCUUCUACUUCGAAGGCCCACGCUGGGCACUGCGAAUAACAAGACCGUGCUCGUCAAUGACACCGGGCGGUGGGACUGGCGGGACAAAAAGUUCUUCCGCCCCGCGAACGUGGGCAAAUGGGCCGUCGUCUUUUUGAUGCCGGCUGGUGGCCAUAAUCCUUGGCCUCAAAACAUGCAAGAGCAGGCGAUGAACAACAUCAAGAACGAGUCGUCCAAAUAUGGAGUCGCCUUCGGAGCUCGAGGGGCGCCGCGUUCGUGCGUCAUGUCCCUGGGACCGCAACCUGCGGACCGUGCCAAGGACGAGCAGGCUCUGAAUUCUCUCUUCGCACAGCUUCAGAAAGAAGGGACGCAGAUGGUGAUCAUUUUCCUGCCGAAUACAAACACAUGGCUGUACUCGAGGAUCAAGUUCCUGCUUGAUGUGAAGUACGGUAUCGCGAAUGUGUGCCGACAGAGUUCCAAGUUCUUCAAGAAUCCUACGGAUGUCGGGCUCGCCGCGAAUAUUGCCUUGAAAGUGAAUGUGAAAGCUGGGGGGAUAAAUCACAAGACGACAUAUCCUGCACUGGAUAAGGACACGAUGGUGCUUGGAAUGGAUGUUACCCACCCGACGCAGGCAUUUGCCGGACGCGAUCCGGAGAACGAUGUCAGUGUUGCGGCGAUGACUAGUUCCAUUGACGAACAUUUUGCCACGUAUAUUGCCGUGUACUCUAUCCAACGCGGCGGUCAAGAGAUGGUCGACCAGACGCGUGACUUGUUAGUGCAGCUAAUCCGGAAGUGGUCCCAGAAGAACGGACGCUUGCCCAAGAAGAUCAUCAUGUACCGUGAUGGCGUGUCCGAAGGCCAAUAUCUUCAGGUGAAGGCGAAGGAGCUCCAGUCCAUGAAGGACGCCGUCAAGCAGAUCUACAAUGAGAAGCCAAAACCAAAAAUCUUGCUGGCCGUGUCUGUGAAGCGCCACCACACGAGAUUCCUCCCCGGCGCGCAGGACGCCGACCCGAGAACUGGAAAUGCAAAGCCAGGAACCUUGGUGGAUCGCCAUAUCACUGGCGGUGGUGAUCGGCUGUUCGAUUUCUUCCUCGUCAGCCAUCGCGCAAUCCAGGGCACCGCCAAGGGCGUCCAUUACUGCGUCCUCGAGAACGAGAUCGGCAUGUCGGCGAAGGACUUCGUUUACGCGACCUAUUACCUUUCCCAUGUCCUUCCGCGCUCCACCACGGCCGUCUCCCUUGUCGCGCCAGCGCUCUGCGCCGACUUGGCCUGCGAGCGCGCGCGGAACUACAUGUACAGCCGCUUCAACGGCGAUAGCUUUUCCGAUACCGCGUCGCAGGCAUCUGGGACCAGCGGUCCCAGUGGCGAUAACUGGGAUGGAAAAGUUCAUCCGAAGGUGGAGGAUAAGAUGUUCUACCUGUGAGCUUGUAUCACGACCUCGACAAUUUUGUUCGGCUGCGGCAUCUUGGAGAUGGCACUGGCAAGAGUGACCGUUUUUCCGCUGCAUUUGGCGUUCGGUCCUUACUUUCCAC